AGUGUGAGAGCGUGUGUAGUAGCUUUAAACGGGGGAAUCUGGACACCCUCUGAAUUGAAUAGGACCCUCUGCAGGCAGGCCGUGCUUUUUUUGCCUCUCUCAAUGUGCUUUUUACCAAAUGGAAGCAGAGGUGUUGAGCCCCCAGAUGAUGGCAGACGUCAAUGGCAACAAUAAAAUCACCAACGCGGAGCUGGAGGUGUUAAAGCUGCAGGAAUUGGUCCGAAAAUUGGAGAAGCAAAACGAACAAUUGCGGACUCGAGCUAACGCUGUAAACAAUUGCUCCGUGGGCCCUCAUCUCCAGACCUCGUUGUCGUGUCUGCACGUUAGUACGCCGUGUGCGAGUGACAAUUUCUCCUGUAAAUAUGACGUUUCAAGUCCGACACAGUCUCAUCCGUGUGCUCCUGCUGGAUCCAGGGGUUCGCCGGAGGAGCCGUUCGCCUAUUUCCAGCCCAGCUCGUCGUCUCCUGACACCGCUGGGGAGGACAGCAGCGCCGAGGGAGAAACUACUGUUUUGGAUGAGGUUGAUAUUUUGGACCUGAACGUCGUGCUCCCUAUUGGAGAGCCUGAUAGCUGGUUAUAUGUGAGCCCUAAAGCCAAGCUGGGUGUCGGUAUCCUCAGCCCUCUACAGUGGUGCAGGCAGGUACUGGACCACCCAGGGCCUGAGGUGGAGCUGGCCAGGAUGACCCUCUGUCACAGACUGGACCAAGCUAAGCGGAGGCGUGGAAUCUCCUCCGUCCGUCCUUACAGCUGUAUAGAAGGGCUCUCCACCCUCAGCUGCCCUGUCCUGCCUUACUCUAAAUCUGCUGCACUAACCGAGUCCUCAGCCCCGUUGCUUUCCUCAAGUCCAUCUUUUAUCCAGCCGACUCCCCCGCUCAGGACCAGCUGCAGCCUCGGAGACAGAGCGCCUACUUUCCUAUCAAACUCCACCCUCCAUAACGUGGGCCGCCGACAUGCAGCGAUCAGCCCUCAGUCUUCCCUUGAUAGUGAGGUUGGUGUGUCAGAGCUGGAGGACGACUCCAUCUCUAUGAGCUACAAACUGCAGGACAUGACAGAUGUGGAGGUCAUGGCACGACUUCAGGAGGAGAGUCUCCGACAGGACUACGCCUCUACCUCAGCCACGGCCAGCCGUCGCAGCUCCAGCUUCUCCUUACACUCCCUCAGGCGCAGCGAGAUGGAUCUGGAGGAGGAGGAUGAGGAGGACGAGGUGUAUGACCAACUCCCUCCUCCUCAGCCCCGACUUUUCCGCACCGGGUCUAUGCAGCGGGGCAGUUUGCCCCACUCCCACACGUUCUCCAGUAUCAGAGACUGCAGACGCAGCUCCAUCACCCCUCAGUUUUCUCUCAGUGGACUCUCACAGUACUCGGGACCCUCCAGCCUGACCACAGACACACACUCAGCGUACAGGAAUAGCACGGAUAAACUACGGAGAAGCAUGCCCAACCUGAUCCGAGCUCCCAGCAUGCCCAGUGUUCCUAGUAUCCCGUGCCUGGCUUCCCCUGUCAAUCCACCCUCAAACGGCCCCUCCUCCCUGCCAACAAUUUCCUCCCUCCGGAGCAGCCAGAGUUUUGACUCAUCCAAUGGGCUUGCACGACUCCAGUCCUCCAUUCCUUCCCCAGGGCAGCUCAUUCAGAGGGUCCAGAGUGUGGGCAACUUCCCGACCACCCCCCGACACCCUCUAAAAGCCACAGCCUACGUAAGCCCCACGGUGCAGCAGGGCCCUACCUCCACCUCUCUGUCCACCUCUGUCAGUUUGCACUCUAUCCCCAGCAGUGCCGCUCUUCCUCAGCCCCUCAAACCCAGCAGCAGCAGCAGUUUGGUACCACAGCCCCUUAAAGCAAGUGCUAACCAGCUAGCUAUUCCUCGCAGCUCCCUCCCUCGACCGGCCUCCUUCGUGGGGACAGGUGGAGUUCCCCGUCCGAGCAAAAUCGGCCAACCCACACGGAGUUUACUAACUCCUCCAAAGAGCCUGGCUGCCCUGAGCGCCCUGAGGGAUGGCAGCUGGAAAGACGGCUGCUACUAAUCCCCGCGCCAAAAAAAAAAUACAAGGUUGAAGAGGUGAACAGGGUAACGCUUCAUGGGACCCGACUGAUUUGAAAUUUUUGCUGUCAGGAGGGGCCCGGUCUUGGGCUGAGACCCAAGAAAGAGUGACUGUUAAUAUUAACUGUUAGUGUGCUCUAAAGGACAGAGUGGAGACUGGAGAUAGAAUGGGUCCAGCAGGCUGGAUCUGUACCUUAACACCUGCUGAAACACCACUGACACAGUUUGAAACAACCAUGCAAUACUCUGAUAAUCAGCUGUUAAAUGUGAACCGGAUCUUCUUUAAUAUUUUGUUGUUUUUUUUAUUUGUUGUUGUGAAUAACUAAGGCUUUCAUUCAACAGAAUGAAAAUUUCUCUCCAGUUGAAUGAUAAGGGAGCAAACUCAUGCUUUGUACAUGCUUUUAAUGAUUUCAUAUGACUAAUUCUGCACUUCUUUUUUUGUCUGAUGGUGGUGGCAGAUUUGAAAUUGAACCUGGAAUUUUCUUACAUCCUGUGCCUGUUUGAAAGUAGUGUAAUUCCUGUCACUUAUAUUUAUUGGCUGGACCUCACAGCACUUUUAUCAGAAAUAUGAUAACACUUAAAUGCAUUAUCUUUGUUGUUUAUUAAGUACAAUAUGACAUUUGUUAAAGUAGGUGUACACACAUUAUCUUUGGUUACUUUCUUUUCAUUAUUGUUUACAUACAGGUUAAUAUUUUUAAUGUUCUUUGAUAAAACAUAACUGCUGCAAUAAUAUUGCACAUGACGCUUUUUAUGGAUGACAAGAAUUUAAAGAGGAGGUGAAUUUUUAGAGUGAAUAAAAGCCUUUCAAAUA